AAUCAAACAAUAACCCCCGUGUGUGUGGUCAUAUUCAUAGGCAAGGGGGGAAGAGCGUCCAAAGUUUACUUCCUCGGUAUUACACUAAAAACAGGAACAUGUUCAUCACCCUCCUCGGCACCAAUUUAUCUCGUGUUGCGUGGGAUUUCUACUCAUCUUCUUCAUCACGGGCUUUAUGUGGAAAUCGACUCGGUUUGUUUAAUUUGAAUUCAACUCCUUAUAAUUUAUUUUAUGUUUUCAGAAUUGUUGUUUCUUGAUGGUAAUCUACCUCUAGCAACAGUGCUUUUUUCAGCAAUAUUUUCUAUUGAAAUUUUGAUGCGGUGGUCUAUGGUUUUCCCUUGCCUGGCUGCCCCUCAAGUGCAAUAGGUGAAAUACCCAGGACCAAAAUCCAGUGGUGGCAGCGGCCACCACUCCACCCCAGUUGGCUCCAACCCUGGAUUUUUCUUUAAUUAAACUGGAAUGCAUUUUGGAAUAUAGAAGCUUUCAAUGAGUAUGAGUUCGGAGUGUGAUUAGAAGCAAGAAUGCACCAUGACCCUCUUUUUCAUUCAUCUACCUCUUUCCUCAUGCCUAUUCACACAAGAUUCAAGUCCACAGUAAAUGCUGGUACGGCGGCAUCCAAACUUGGAAACCUCCUUGUCGUGGCCUCAAUUGCCAAAGCUCUGUCAAAGCCUGGAGGAGUUAAGUCACUGGAAAAGGAUAUCGAUUCUAUUUCCUUAUCCGAGGAUCUUGUCCUCCAACUUCUCCGUCGCAACUCUCUUGAUGCGGGUAAGAAAUUGGAUUUCUUCCGCUGGGUCUCUCUUAGAUUGAAUUACAAGCACUCGACAGACACGUACUCUCAAAUCUUCAGAACCAUUUGUAAUUUUCCCCACCAGCACCAUGAUGAUAUUUUCGACUUGCUAGCCUCCAUGAAGCGCGAUGGGCUGGUUCUUGAUUCAUCUACUUUUAAAUUGAUCCUAGAUUCGUUCAUUAAAUCUGGAAAGUUUGAUUCAGCUCUGGAAAUUUUUGAUUAUUUGGAGAAAGACCUGAUCAGGAUCGGCUGUUUGAAUGCUGAUAUAUAUAGCUCGGUUCUCGUUGCUCUUGUGAGGAAAAAUCAAAUCAGCUUAGCUUUAUCUAUUUUCCUCAAGCUCUUGGGCUCCUCUUCCGAUAUAAAUGGGAAGAUUGUCAUUCCUGAUGCUAUUGCUUGUAAUGAGUUGCUUGUUGGUCUUAAGAAAGCUGACAUGAAAGAACAAUUCAAACAAGUUUUUGAUAAACUACACGAUACAAAGAUCUUUCCACUGGAUAGAUGGGGUUAUAAUAUAUGCAUGCAUGCAUUUGGGUGGUGGGGUGACUUGGCUACUUCUUUAAGCCUGUUUAAAGAGAUGAAAGAAAAGAGUGGUUCUUUUAGUCCUGAUUUGUGUACCUAUAAUAGCCUCAUUCAUGUGCUUUGCUCUCUUGGGAAAGUAAAGGAUGCCCUGAUUGUUUGGGAGGAGUUGAAGGGAUCCUCAGGUCAUGAACCCGAUGCCUUCACUUAUCGAAUUCUUAUUCAAGGCUGCUCUAAAUCUUACAGAAUUGAUGACGCAAUGAAAAUAUUUGGUGAGAUGCAGUAUAAUGGUAUACGCGCCGAGACAGUUGUUUAUAAUUCUCUCCUCGAUGGUUUGCUCAAGGCAAGGAAGCUGAUGGAAGCAUGCAACCUAUUUGAGAAAAUGGUUGAUGUUGGUGUCAGGGCCUCUUGCUGGACCUAUAAUAUUCUAAUUGAUGGGUUGUUUAAAAAUGGAAGGGGAGAGGCUGCUUAUACUAUGUUUUGUGAUUUGAAGAGAAAGGGCAAUAAUUUUGUGGACGGGAUUACUUACAGCAUAGUCAUUUUGCAUCUUUGCAGGGAGGGUCAGCUUAAGGAAGCAUUGCAGCUGGUAGAAGAGAUGGGCGCCCGGGGAUUUGAAGUAGAUUUAGUUACUGUAACGUCACUUUUGAUUACAAUUCAUCGAGAAGGUCAGUGGGAUGGGGUGGAGAGGCUUAUGAAGCACAUUAGGGAUGGGAAUUUGGUUCCUGCUAUUCUUAAGUGGAAAACAAAUAUGCAGACUUCACUGAAAAAUCCAGAGAGCAAAUCAAGGGACUUUACACCCAUGUUUCCAUCUGAUGGUGAUUUUACUGAGAUUUUAAGGGACACUAAUUUAGCUGUAACAGGAAAUGAUGCCGGGCUUAGUGCAGAGGACAUCAAGCUACAAGUUCAUGAAACUGAUGAGUGGUCGUCUUCCCCUUAUAUGGAUCUGCUGGCAAACCAAAUCAGUUCAAAGAGUCAUUCUUAUCAACCUUUCUCUCUUUCAAAGGGGGUACGAGUUGAGGCUAAAGGUUUAGAUUCUUUUGACAUCGACAUGGUCAAUACCUACUUAUCUAUAUUUUUGGCCAAGGGAAAAUUGAGUUUAUCAUGUAAGUUAUUUGAAAUAUUCACAAAUAUGGGUGUUGACCCUGUGAGCUACACUUACAAUUCCAUGAUGAGUACGUUUGUCAAGAAAGGAUACUUCAAGGAGGCUUGGGGUAUUUUCCUUGCCAUGGGUGAGACUGUUUGCCCUGCAGACAUAGCAACAUACAAUGUGAUAAUUCAAGGCUUAGGAAAGAUGGGAAGGGCAGAUAUUGCCUGUGCUGUUCUGGACAAACUAAUGAAGCAAGGUGGUUAUCUUGACAUUGUAAUGUAUAAUACUUUAAUUAAUGUACUUGGGAAGGCUGGCCGGAUUGAUGAAGCAAACAAGCUAUUUCAACAGAUGAAGACUAGUGGAAUAAAUCCUGAUGUUGUCAGUUACAAUACACUUAUUGAGGUUCAUAGCAAGGCUGGUCGGUUAAAGGAAGCUUAUAAGUUCUUAAAGAUGAUGUUGGAUGCUGGAUGUGCACCAAACCAUGUUACUGAUACAACUCUUGAUUUUCUGGAGAAGGAAAUUGAAAAACUUAGGUACCAGAAGGCUUCGAUUAGACGCACUAAAUUGGAUGAUUCUUUAUAAGGAACAAAUUUAUUACUGGGUUUAUUGAGGUAUACUCUGAUCUUUGUGCAUCAGUACAUCGUGCUUGUGACUUAGUUGCAAUUAGACAUCUCUUGAAAACUGUAUUUUAUUGUGAUAUUAUUGAAUAAUUUUGAAUACAUGGACUAGUUUGUAAGGAAAUAUAUUUAGCUUCAAGAUGCAAUUAAACGACAAUUGCUAAUCGUUUUGUAUUAUAUGGUAUUGGUGGAAUAAUGUAAGCUAUAUGGAUAGUUUGUAGGAAAAUAUUCUUUAUAGAGGUUUGAAAUUUUAA